AUGUCGCUACUGGAUGACGCUCGCAAGAGGCUCACAAACUUCUACACGAGCACAAAGUUGGUAGCCUUGGGCAUCCACACUGUCAUGUUCCAGCCGCUUCAGUCACACAUCAGCGAGGAUCGCAUAGUGACAGAAGAGUGGUCCAUACAAGGACAGCAUUGGGCAUUCUUGGCAGUUCUCGGUGGUCACGGCGGUACUGCCACUGUCGAGUAUGCGAUGAACGAACUGCCGCUGCAAAUCCGCACCGCGUUGCACCUACUCAUUCAGAAUCAUUCACAUGGUCGACUGGACCGCAGCAACGAGAUACAGCGAUUCGAUACGAAUAUUGGCAAAGCCGUGAAGAACCUUUGUCGCAAGUCCUAUAAGCUUACGGAGGAAGCCGCCUUGGUGAAUGUCGAGGAAAAGCUCACGUGGGCCGUAGGCGUGGGCGACUCGACCGUAGCACCUCUCGAGACCGUGAUCCCACGGAUCAAGACACCUCCCUAUCUCAUAGUUGAGCCAUCAGUACAGUUUAUCGACCUCCGACCUUACUGGGAAGCCAAGCCAACUAUCAUGCUGUUCACUGACGGCAUUGACUGCCUCAUCGAUGGAUACUUCAACUUGACUCCGCGGAGAAAUAGUGGAGGCAACCCUUACCAAAUUGUUGCCGCUCUCCUGCAGGAUGGCGUUGAUUUCAGCGAACGUGGUCCCGCAAAGAGCGCGCUGCAAGGCUUCAUGAUGCUGUUGUAUGAGUGCUUUUGCGUGCUCUUCUGUUAG